UUCACCUGUCACUAUCGUGUGUGAUUAGGCAGCAGAGUUAAGUAGAUAGGAAUCUGCCACGAGCCGUGCUUCCUCCAGCUUCAGGUAGUCUAACAAGACCUGAUAUUUGAACAGCUCUGUACAGCUAGCUGGCAGGAGGCGCUCUAAAGCCAUGUUCAUCUACACAAAUGGGUCUUUAUGCAAGAAAUCAGAAAUUGUAGGUUUUGACCCUCCACAGGCGAUCUCAGAGUGCAGAUGAGCUUGUCCAGAUGUCCAAUGCAAAUGAGUCAUUACUCCAGCAUGAUCAAUAAACUGGCUUUGGCUGACAGGAUCAAAAUAAAAUGUACCAUAACACUUUAUGCUAGUUAGCAAAAUGCUUGACCAGACAAUAACACAUUUGUAAGACCUGCUGUUAAUUUAAUAGUUCCGUAUAAAUUACACGGCAAACAAAAGCACAGACAUGCCCGUAGUGUAUGGCAGUGUUGGAUGAAGUAUGGCGGUGUUGGACACUUAUUGUAAUACUCACUUGUAUGUGUUAACAGCUUUACUCCUUUCACUAUGCCUAUUGUAGCAUGGUGGGUCGAUAAACCUGCUAAGAAGUGAAUACAUUUCAUCAAUAUAUUUGAGCCAAACUGCUACAAGGCAUAUCCCACCAAAGCACGCCCCCUAAAAAACCAGUGAGCAUUUCUCAGAUAUGAGUCACACCCUUAGCCUGCCCAUAUAGCACAGUAGUAAGGACGCUAUCUCCUGUCUGCGGUUGCACAAUAAACACAGCAGCAGAAUUAAGAAGGGAACAGGUACAUACAUUAGAGCAGAAUUCCACGUGACCAAAGGCUAGCUAGACAAAAAAAACUAGUGACCCCUUUGCAUCAAUGGCAAACAAGGAGCAAAUCAAGCAGACUGCAGCAAUGGUGCUGGGCGGCUUGGAGAAAGUGUCCUCCUUUGCCUCCACCAUCAACCCUCUGUUUGGCAUCGUUACCUCACUGGUUGGUGUAGUGAGGAAAGGCCUAGUGGAAGAUCAAGCCAGUGAGCUGGACAAGGAGUUCCAGCAGAUUCAUGACAAGUUGGAGAGCAUCUCUGAGCAGAACAAGCAGCUGCUGGACCAGAUCCAAAUUACUGAGAUCAACAAAAACUAUGGUGACUUGGAAAAGAACAUCAAGUAUCAAUACCAAGCCUUCAAAACCAUGGUGGACAGAAUCAGGAAGGACCCAGAAAAAGACGAGCGUUACAGAGAGGAUUUCAAGAAAAUCUAUAGAAAACAAAAGGGCCGCCUGAAUUUGAAUGUGUUCUAUCAAGCCGUCAUGGAAGACCAGGGUCCUUUUGGGAGGCCACUACUGAAAUAUUAUCUAGACCAUUGCAACAGGAACAGGAAGAUCAUGGAGGCUAGAUGCGCUCAUCUGGCCAACCUUUUCCACAUCGGCCUCAUGGCACUGAUGGCCUACUAUGUGGUCACUGAGGAUGAUGAGGAUGAGUUCAGGGAAGAAUGGGGCCAAAAGGUCAUCAACAUUCAGACCAAGAUGAAAGAAGUCCUGGAUGAGUGUAGUGAGUAGGAAUGAUACCAAAUUCACUGAAGGAUUGUUAAACCACAGCAGUCUUGUACUGCAUUAUAAUGUAGACAAUGAUAAACAAAUAAAUGUUAUUCAUAUUAUGAGCAAUGAGAACACUAUUUUUUCUCUUCUUGUAUUGUUUCUAUGCCUUUUUAUUGGAUUAGCACUUAAAAAUCCUAUCUUUGAUUCAAUUUAAACAGAAUAUGCAAAAUCUUAUAUGACUUUAUAAAUCUAAAAGUGUUGCUGAAUGUAUAGUAAAGCUGUAUAUUGCUGUAUAAAGCUGACCAUACUGUU